GGAAGGCGGGCGGGGAAGGAUGCUGAGGCCGGCGCUGCGUUUGCCAAACGGGAGCGAGCUGGGGAUCCUGCGUCGGGCAGCCGCGAGGGGAGCAGCGUCGCGGUCAUGCCCAGCUCCCCGUCGGCGCCUCCCGGGCCGGACCCGGAGGAGCACUACGACUUCCUCUUCAAGCUGGUGCUGAUCGGCGAUGCCAGCGUGGGCAAGACGUGCCUGGUGCAGCGCUUCAAGACCGGGGCCUUCUCUGAGCGCCAGGGCAACACCAUCGGCGUGGACUUCACCAUGAAGAGCCUGGAGAUCCAGGGCAAGCGGGUCAAGUUACAGAUCUGGGACACGGCUGGUCAAGAAAGGUUUCGGACUAUAACCCAGAGUUACUAUCGAAGCGCCAAUGGAGCUAUUCUAGCCUAUGACAUUAGUAAGAGAGGCUCUUUCCAGUCCAUUCCUCGCUGGAUCGAGGAUGUGAGGAAAUAUGCAGGCUCCAAUAUAGUACAGUUGCUAAUUGGAAACAAGUCUGACCUAAGUGACCUUCGGGAGGUUCAACUAGAAGAGGCUCAGAACCUGGCUGAACACUAUGAUAUCAUCUGUGCCAUAGAGACUUCUGCAAAGGACUCCAGCAAUGUAGAGGAAGCUUUUGUCAAGAUGGCUACAGAGCUCAUGAUGAGACAUGGAGGCCCUGUGUUCAGUGAGAAAAACACAGACAGCAUCAAACUUGACAGCAAGGAUGUAGUAGAAGGGUGGGGGUGUGGCUGCUGAUAAUACAAUUGGUCUCAUUGUUACUGGAAUUUAGAGGAUACAUUCUCUUCUCCUUCACUCUGGGUCUCUUCUAUACAUAGACACUUUGCACAAGCUUUGUGUUUUGUAAGUUAAGGGAUUAACAUUUGCAGCAUGUUUUUAAUAAUGAAGGAACUUCCUUGUGUAAAACUGAAACUGUGUGGCAGUCAUUCCGUAGCAAUUUCUACUAGAUUUUUUUUUUAGAGGAGUUAGUGCAAUUUGGCAAUAAGUUGCACAGAAUGACGCUACUAAAAUAUCUUCAUAGAAAAUGGUCUGAGUGAAAACUGCUAUUUUACUACCGGUAUUCACUGACAUCUCGGUAGGGGACUUUUAUCAACUUGGAUGACAUUUAAUGCUUUUAUGACAGCAGGUUUUCAGGCUGCCUGUUUAAACUCUCCACAUUCCGGUGGGUGGGUUGGGGGGGGGGGGAGUAUUUAAACCUACACAGGGUGACAUAAAUUUUGUAGGGAUAUUUAAAGUAUGAAAUAUUCAAUUUUCUGCAUAGGAUAUAGCAGCUGAACCUCCUAAAUUAUAAAAUUGUGCUUUCCUGGAUACAAAUAUUUCUGGUAAAAGACAUGCAAAACAAGCAUUUUUCGCUCUUGGUUUUUUUUUUUCAAAUGGAAAAAGCAGUAGAUACAACACUGAGCAAUUGUAGAAUACAUAGAGGUUUGGUUUGGUUUCAUUUCAUAUUCACCUCAGAAGACUUGAUCUUGAACACAUUUCAUUGUAUAUUCCAUGGGUUUCAGUGGAACUUUCUUGGAAGUAAAUGCCUUUGAAAAUGUAUAGGGCUUUAUUUUAAAUAGGUUGAAAAUUAUAAGUAAAGAUAGAUUUAAUAGUUAAUUUUGCACAAUUGAUAUAGAUUCCUUUGUUGAUACUGUAGAUUGGUGAUUCUCAUCUUCAUUAUUUUCUAUAUGAUAAGCAUACUUCAGAUAAGCAGUUUAUUUGAAUACCUUUCCCUUCAAUCCUAACCUCUUCUUCUUUCAUUACUAUUGAGAUAUUACAAAUUAUUCCAGCUAGAGGAUUUCCCCCCCCCCCCCCAUUUUUUGGUACUUUCAACAAUUAUCGAGUCGCUCUUUUUGAACUUUCUCUGAUCAGUGAUAUUAAGUUGUUGAUAAGUAUAUAGUAAAUGUUGAAUUAUGUGCAGGAGAUAAUUGAUCAUUUUUCUAAACUGACCGCUCAUGGUACGGAGUUCUAAAAAUCAUCAAACAGUUGCUUUAGUUUAUAAGACAAUGGCUCAGGAAUUCUCAUUAUAAGGUAUAUUUGCUAAUUUUAUAAGAUACUUCUUUUAUAUCAUAGGCCCUGGGUUUCCCACUGUUAGCUCCUUACCCAUUGCUUCUGCCCCUGAUUUCUUCCAUUAUGCUACAACACAAUCUUUAAAUCAGCUUCACAUUAGUUUUUCAGGACAAAUCAAUAGUAUAUGCUGUAGAAAAAGUCUGCUAUCUAUUAGUCAAAAACUGCUGAAUUAUUUUGACUUUGUUAAUUUAAGAUAAAUAUCCUUGUUUACAUUGGCUAGUGAUUUAAAAGUGCAGAUAUUAUUGACAAUUGCCUUUUUAGAGCACCUUAAACUGGGAAAUGAAGAAUAAUUAUAAUGACUGCAAAUCUUCCAAGCAACUUUUCAGUGUCCAACAUUAUUUCUAAUGGGCCCUAUGAACUUGUCUGAGAAUCAAAGAUUUUGAAUGAAAUCCUUGCAGUUGGUUAUAUUAAAACGGGUUUGAUAUAAUUGUACUAUUAUGGCCAUGAAUACCUCCCUCAAUACCCAUAGGCUUUCUAACCCAUCUGGUUGUUUU